AUGCCUCAAGUCUUCCUAACUGGCGCAACAGGCUACAUUGGAGGCCAAGUCCUCCACGCCCUAUCAACAACUCACCCUGACUAUGAAGUCGCAGCGCUGGUCAGAGACGAGGCGAAAGCCGCAGCCGUGACCAAAGCAUACCCCAAAAUCCGUAUUGUCCUUGGAGACUUGGACCAAGUCGAGCUCAUCGAAAGCGAAGCCAAAAAGGCCAAUGUCGUUGUGCACGCCGCUAGCAACAAGCAUCUAGAAAGCGUGAAAGCAAUUUCCAGAGGACUCGAAGGACGCCAGGAUGCAUACUACAUCCAAGUGACAGGCGCCAGCGUCCUCGCCGGCCCCGAGAUCGACUCCAACACAUACGGCGAACCCUCAGAUAGAAUCUUCGACGACCUAGAUAACAUCGGCGACCUUCGAAAAAUCAUCCGCGAUUACAGGAACCGCCGCGUCGUGGAUAACUUCAUCCUUGACCUUGGUGAUAAGGGUCCCAAGACGGCGAUUAUCUUCCCGCCUAUUAUCUUUGGACGGGGUGAGGGACCGGUGAAUCGACGCAGUGUGCAGAUUCCUGCUAUCGCUCGCGCGACGCUGAAGCAGAAGUCUGGUUUGUAUCUCGGUAAGGGGCUGAGUCGUUGGGGCGCGAUCCAUAUUUCGGACCUCGGACAGUUGUUUGUGAAGCUCGUUGAGGCGGGAGCUACGAGUUCCCCGGCGGCAGUGUGGAAUGAGAACGGGCUAUUCUUUGCUGAGAAUGGGUUCGAGGCAUUCAAAGACAUCGGAGAGCAGGUGGCCAGGGCCGCGCACAGUCUUGGGUACAUUCCAUCAAGCGAGACUCGUUCAAUCAGCCUAGAAGAGUCUAACUCGGUGAUUAAUGGAGGCGCGGUGUUCUUGGGCUCAAAUGGUCAGGGUCGGGCCCUGCGAUCUCGGAAGCUCUUGGGCUGGGAGCCGACGAAGGGGAAGUUGGAACAGUACAUACAGGAGACUGUCGCUGACGAGUCAGAACUUCUCUGA